AUGGGACACGGCACGGGCGGCGUGGCCCAGGGGGUCGGCCUCCUCCUCCCCUACGCCUCUCUCCUCUGCCCCCAGCGCAUAGUCGCGGCGCACGUCUCUUCCCCUCCCGCGUCCAUCCCGGCGGCGGUGACGACUUGCAGCGACCUCGCAACCCCCGGCUCCUCCAUCGAGGGAGGAAAUGGAGGAGGAGGGCACGAGAAGGCGGUGCUCUUCAGGCUGUUCGGCGUUGAGGUCAGCAGUGCAGAGGAGGAUGACGCAGGGCUCAUGGAGCUGAAGCAGAGCACCAGCAUGCCCAACCUCGCCUCCAUCAAACCCGAUUCUGCCGCCCAGCGAGUGAUUUGUGAGUGCAAAUUGAAACUGAGAAACUGUGUUGAAACUGAGAAACUGAGAAACUCCAAGCUUUCAUACACAGCUAUCAAGGGCCUACUGAAAUAUUGGCUCAUCAGAAACAGCACCAAGGAGGUGAUGUGUUUGGGAGAGUUGGAAGAGAUACUAGAAGCUACACAGCCUGCAGAGUUUCAGAAAUGCACGGUUCCUCUUUUCCGCCAGAUUGCAGGUUGUCUGAAUAAUUCUCACUUUCAGAAAAUUGUUCUUGGCAUGGCUGUCAAUCGUGGCUGCUACAUUGGUCAAAGCCAGAGCCUUAACAUCAGCAUGGGUCAAGUCAACUCGGGGAAGCUAACUUCACUGCACUUCCACGCCUGGUCCAAGGUUUGGAAAGCACAAGCCACCCCCAAAUGCAAGCUCUUCGCCUGGCUUGUCCUGCAUGGAAGAAUCCUCACGGUGGAAAACCUGGCAAUCCUGAAACUGUACUUGCAAAGGUGGGUUGGAGAGGAAAUUAUCGAUGCUCAAGCCAUGUGA